UCGGUAAGGGAGGAAGCGGAGGCAGAUGAGAGGGGAUGUCCCCUAUCUCAUCGAAAGUAUAAAUAUUAAGAGUUGCAGUGAAGGAAUGAACAUAUUUCUUCCAUUGACAACGGCUUACCGGAUAAGAACAAGCUGUGAAUCAGUAAGACUUGCGGAUGGGGCAGUUGGCAUCCAAACGUGACGGGUUGGACCUGGGCGUUAUUCCCCGUGUCCGCUUUUCCACUAAUGAGGACGGACCUCCAAGGUACUCUCCGCACCAAUUUGACGGCAGCAGCCAGCGAAAUGAUAGCCUCCAAAUUCCUCCAACCAUCGUUGUCUCGGACAUGGAUCCAAGUGCAUCGGAGCUGCGAGGUUCGAGGGCGGAGCUACGAAGAUCUUCACUAUACAGCACAUUAGACCUAGUGCCCCAGCUGGAGAAUUAUGCCAGCACAUUGCCACGCCGCCUUUCAAGGCCUCGUCCAUCUCUCGUAGCUCUCCGCAGUGCAUUUGAGGAGGAGCAAGCAGGUGUAGAAGCCACAACCACAGACUCAGGAGUUAGCAGUCUACCAGGCGGCGGAAAUGAAGAGUCACAAACUCCGCAGGAGAGCGUUCCAGUUAGAUUUGGAUGGGUGCUUGGAGUCAUGGUUCGUUGCAUGUUGAAUAUUUGGGGUGUCAUCCUGUUUCUCCGCCUAUCGUGGAUCACAUCUCAGGCAGGCAUUUUGUUGACCUGGGUUAUUACCCUGAUGUCUGUUCUAGUGACUUCCGUAACUGCCCUCUCUAUCUCUGCCAUUGCCACCAACGGGAGGGUGAUCUCAGGAGGGGCCUAUUUCAUGAUCUCCCGCUCGCUGGGUCCUGAAAUCGGGGGACCCAUUGGAAUGGUCUUUUCUUUCGCCAACGCAUGUGCCUGUGCGCUCAACACUCUUGGCUUUGCAGAGGUUGUCCGUGAUCUAAUGCUGGAGUUCGAUGUCGUCAUGGUCGAUGCAGUCAACGACGUCCGUAUUGUGGGCGUGAUCACAGUGACUAUUCUUUUGCUCAUCUCAUUUGCUGGAAUGGAGUGGGAGUCCAAGGCCCAGAUUUUGUUCUUUGUAGUUCUCCUGGUCUCGUUCGCCAACUACUUUGUGGGUACAUUUAUUCCACCCAGCAUAGAGAAGCAGGCCCAGGGCAUCUUUAGUUAUCGCAGUGAUAUCUUCAUUUCGAACUUGAAACCUGACUGGAGAGGACCUGAAGGCAACUUUUUCCAGAUGUUUGCCAUUUUCUUUCCCUCCACCAUCGGCAUCCUGUCUGGCGCCAACAUCUCCGGAGACCUCAAAGACCCCGCCACUGCUAUCCCCAAAGGCACCCUCAUGGCCAUUUUCUGGACUACAGUGAGCUAUCUAAUCAUCACUGUAACUGUCGGGGCAUGUGUGGUACGGGACGCCUCUGGUAAUAUAAGUGACAUUAUUACUGGAAACGUCACUGAUGGCUGUGUUGGUCUGGGAUGUAAUAUGGGCUGGAACUUCACAGACUGCAUCGAGUCACAGUCUUGUAAAUAUGGUCUGGCCAACAAUUUACAGGUACUGGGCCAAGUUUCAGGUUUCUACUACCUCAUCACGGCUGGUGUCUUUGCAGCCAGCUUGUCUUCUGCCCUUGGCUUCCUCGUCUCCGGCCCUAAAGUCUUUCAGUGUCUAUGCAAAGACAACCUAUACCCGUACAUUGGAUUCUUUGCAAAGGGCUACGGGAAAAAUAAUGAGCCAAUCCGGGCCUACUUACUCUGUUACGUCAUUGCUCUGGCUUUCAUUCUCAUCGCGGAGCUAAACACCAUCGCAGCCUUGAUCUCCAAUUUCUUCCUGUGUUCCUACGGCCUCAUCAACUUCAGCUGCUUUCACGCUUCAAUCACAAACUCCCCUGGUUGGAGGCCGUCAUUUCAUUACUACAGUAAAUGGACAGCUCUGUUUGGAGCAGUGAUUUCUAUUGUGCUGAUGUUCCUGUUCACCUGGUGGGCUGCCCUCGCCACCUUCUGCAUAAUCUUCUUUCUCUUUGGAUACGUCAACUACAACAAGCCAAAGGUGAACUGGGGUUCGUCAGUCCAGGCAGGUACAUACAACAUGGCUUUGUCGUACUCAGUCUCCCUGUCUGGUGUUGACGACCAUGUCAAGAAUUUUAGACCGCAAUGUCUCGUCCUGACUGGGCCUCCAAACCAGCGUCCAGCCCUGGUGGACUUUGUCGGCUCCUUCACCAAGCACAUAAGCCUCAUGAUCUGUGGAGACAUAGUCAUGGAGCAGGACAGGCAGGCCCGGCCUCAGGAGGGCACUGAUUGGUUGGUAAAGUGGCUGAACAAGAGAAAGGUGCGCUCAUUUUAUACACCUUUCACUGCCGACAGCCUGAGAGUUGGAGCUCGACAUCUGCUGCAGGCAUCAGGUCUUGGCAAGCUGAAACCCAACACGCUGGUCCUCGGCUUCAAGGCAAACUGGAGGGACAGUUCUCCCGAAAGUAUUGAAGAUUAUAUCAACACCAUAUAUGAUACCUUUGACUCAAACUACUGUCUGUGUAUCCUGAGGAUGAUGGACGGUUUGGAUAUCUCCGACCUGUUUGAUGUUGAAGUGAACCAGGGCUUUGAACCUGAUGAAUCUGUAGAAACUGACAAUCAGCAGUCUCCUGAGAAAGAAUCAGCUGACAACAUCUCCGAUAACGUCGACACUGAUCAGAUCAAGACGGUAUUUCAGAACGACCAGGGAAAGAAGACCAUUGAUGUCUACUGGAUAGCCGAUGAUGGGGGUCUGACUCUGCUCGUUCCCUACCUGCUCACCAGGAGGAAACGCUGGCAUCGUAAUAAGGUCAGGGUCUUCAUUGUGGGAGAUGAACAAAACAUGGAGGAAGGCCGCAAUGAGAUGAUCGCUCUUCUGAAGAGGUUUCGUUUGGAUUUUCUCAACGUCACAGUCAUGACAGACAGCGAAAAGCGUCCAAAUGCAAAGAACCUGAGUAGGUUCGUGGACAGUGUCGCCCCCUUCAUGCUACACGAGGAACAUCAGGAAGGUGUCUCAAGUCAAGAACAGAGACAAAGUGCCCCGUGGAAAAUAUCAGAAAAAGAGUUUGAGGCCUUUAAACUUAAGACUGAGAGAAAAGUGAGGCUGAAUGAAAUUAUCCGGAGGAAUUCUCAACAUGCUGCUCUUGUGCUUGUGAGCCUUCCUGUGCCACACAGCGACUGCCCAAGUGCUCUGUACAUGGCCUGGCUGGAUACUCUGACCUGUGGCCUCCACUGCCCCGUGGUGCUUAUACGAGGAAACCAACAGAACGUUAUCACUUUUUACUGCCAGUAAAUUGUGUCUUACAAGGAUUACACCUUAACCUUUUACCGACAAGCCUUUUUUAAAGUGGCUGCGGUCCGUAGCAGUAGAUAUCAAUGAGAUGGUAGCUUUAUGGAAAUGCAUGUUUUAUAAUGCUCAUUUAGUCGUUCAUCCAGGUUGUUCCUUUUGUUACUUGUCUAUGUACAUAAAGAACAUUUGAAACCAGCUGUUUAAAGGUUUAAGAAAAUUCAAUUAAUAUCAAAAAUGAUCAACAUAAAUGUCAGUUUAGAACAAUCACGCACAUAGGAUGUGUUCGAAAUCCUGAUGAUAUUACGUAUGUGUGUAUAUAUAUUUAAUAAUUGACUUUGAACGCUAUCCUAUACCUAGAUAAACAGUUAACUAAGUGGUUGUUAUUACCUUCUUUCUUGCAGAGGUCAGGUAGUAGCUUUCAAUCGUUCAUAUCAAGUGUCCCACAGGGGAUUAAACUUGGUCCUUUUUUGUUUUGAAAAACAAUCGUCUCAAAACUGUUGUUUAUGCAAGAUGAUAGCUUUUUACCGAUCUUGAUCUCAAACUUUUGUAUAAUCACUACGAUAUUGUUCAGUUAUUUGUGUAUAAAAUGCCUGCACUUUUUUUGAACAUCCUGGUUAGAUAAAUUGUGUGCUAUUAAGAACACUAAAAGCUUCCUACAAUAAAUCAAAAUAUGAUUUAA